UAAAACUGCAGCCGUCGAAAAUGAAAACCCUAAUCCCCUUGCAUUUGGACUACUAGGGUUUCUGAGCAGCCUCUGAAGGAAGUCUCCCUCGAACCGAAGCCAUGGCUAGAAUCAAGGUACACGAGCUUCGUAACAAGUCGAAGACGGAAUUGCUAGCGCAGUUGAAGGAUCUCAAGGCGGAGCUCGCCCUUCUCCGCGUCGCCAAGGUCACCGGCGGUGCCCCUAACAAACUCUCCAAAAUCAAGGUAGUGAGGUUGUCCAUCGCCCAGGUGUUGACUGUAAUUUCCCAAAAGCAGAAGGCUGCUCUUAGGGAGGCUUACAAGAACAAGAAAUACUUGCCCCUCGACCUGCGCCCCAAGAAAACAAGGGCUAUCCGCAGACGUCUUACCAAGCAUCAGGCCUCUUUGAAGACAGAGCGACAGAAGAAGAAGGAGAUGUACUUCCCUGUGCGAAAGUAUGCCAUUAAGGUUUAGGGAAGGACUGCUUGUGAGAGGUUUUGGUGUUUUACAUGAAAGCAGACAACAUUUUGUUAAAAUCAGAUUUUGCAAAUUUUUGUUACUAUUAGUGCCCUCUUGCUGGACUUCGACUUGAGAUUAGUGGUUCAUGUUGAAUUUUGGUAUUUCAGUUUCACCUAUUCUAGAUAAUUCUGUACCUUUAUCUGUUCGGAGAAAUAGCUUGCGCUUCAUUCUGAAAAGAUCGACUUUGUGCCUUAACUAA